CCCCGCUCUCGCCAUUGGCUGCCGGGCCGGGCUCCGGAGGCUGCAGAGAGCAUGGCCUCUCCCGGGGCCCCCGCGCCCUCGCCGGAGUUGCCCAAGCGGAACUUCGAGUACCGGGAGGUCCAGUACUGGGACCAGCGCUACCGAGGCGCGGCAGACUCUGCCCAUUACGAGUGGUUCGGGAACUUCUCCUCCUUCCGUGCCCUCCUGGAGCCGGAGCUGCGGCCAAAGGACCGUAUCCUGGUGCUAGGUUGCGGGAACAGUGCCUUGAGCUACGAGCUGUUCCUCAGAGGCUUUCCGGACGUGACCAGUGUGGAUUACUCAUCAGUAGUAGUGGCCGCCAUGCGGGCUCGCUAUGCCCACCUACCCAGGCUGCGCUGGGAGACCAUGGAUGCACGGGCAUUGGGCUUCCCUGAUGGCUCUUUUGAUGUGGUGCUUGAGAAGGGCACCCUGGAUGCCCUGCUGGCUGGGGAGCAGGACCCCUGGACCGUAUCCUCGGAAGGUGUCCACACCGUGGACCAGGUGCUGUGUGAGGUGAGCCGGGUGCUGGUCCCUGGGGGCCGGUUCGUCUCAAUGACCUCAGCAGCCCCCCACUUUCGGACCAGACACUAUGCCCAAGCCCGGUACGGCUGGUCCCUGAGACAUGCAACCUACGGCACUGGCUUCCACUUCUACCUCUACCUCAUGCACAAAGGCGGGGAGCUGAGUGAGACUCAGCUGGCCCUGGGGGCCCAGCUUCUCUCACCCACCAGGCCUCCUCCGUCCCCCUGCUUCCUCCAGGACUCAGAUCAUGAGGACUUCCUCAGUGCCAUUCAGCUGUGAGGGCAGAAGCGUGGUCCUCCAGCCCUCCCUGCCUUUCUGCCUUGUGCUCCUUAGGGAGUUGCAGUUUCUGACUUGGGGCUGAGGGUUGGUUCCCAGGUGCUCACAUGCCAAGGCCUUGUGCACAAGAUCGAGCUGGUGGGACAAUCCCACAUGAACCCACACAGCCUGGUUCCAGACCCCACUCUCACCCCGUAUGGGGUGAGAAAGCUUUCUGCCUUCCUUCUUGGAUUCUUCAGAUCUCUGCUGGGUGCCCUAUCUCCUUUUCCACCAUUCCAAACCAACAGCAGUCCGUCCCCCACGUCAAGCUUAACAAAACCCCCUGAUACCAGCCCAUUUGGAGAGCCCCAUCCAACCUGAAUUUAUUCACAGGAGGCUGCAGAAUUUGAAUCAAGAUUGCUUUCUGCUUCUGACUCCCAGCUGCAGCCCCAACACUGGUUAGGCUGUAUGUGUACCCAAGGAGACCACAUUGUGAUGAUGUCCCCAGACUAGGUUGGCCUGUCAGUCUUCAGAUGUCAUCAAUCCCUCCCUCACCAGCAACUUCCCACCUGAGUUCCCUCCCAUUUGGGCCUGGCUCCUGAGCCUUCCAAAGCAGCAGCGGCCACGCAACCCCAAGCAUACGCACGUGCGUGCACACACACACAGGGAGGUCUGUGUUUAUUCACACACUUGUACAGUGAGGAUGAAGGAACAUUUACAAAGAACACCCUGGGUCGAGAACAUCUCCAGGUCCACAGGUGUCAUCCAAAGGUGCACAGCAGCCCCCACUUGGGUUCCCAGGGGUAGGAGGAAGGGGUCCAAGGUAAAAUCAGAUCUGGGCCCUUAGUAGGUGAUUCUUUGAGGUCGGGGGGAGGUCUGCCAGAGAGCCUCCUGGGGCUCAGGCCUGGACAGAGUGGCCGUGUAGUUGGUUACCAUGUUGGGGGUUUGUCCCACACCAGCCUCAACACCUGUCCUAUCUGCCAGGCGCAGAAGAGCACGGUGGAGGCUGGGAGAGGAGGGCAUGGACCGGGAGCGGAGCCAGUAAACAAAGAAUCGGAUAUAAAAAUACAAAUGUGCCGAGGAAGUCCCUUAGAAAGAAGCCAGGAUCACGCCAGACGGGGUGAGGGUGGGGACGGCCCAGAGGGUUGGGCUAGUGGGGAAGAAGCUCAUGCAGAUGUGCAGCCAACGUCCCUGGCCGCGCGGUCCGACCCCGCAGCCGGGUCUGCAGACCGGACUGGCCGGAGGGGGCAGGGCAGGGGAGCCGUGCGGGAGGGGCCGGGCCUGGGGCUGCGGGUCUCCGUGUCCGUCCGGUGCGCGGGGUGGGGCUGGGGCCCGCUGUUUUAAAGUGCAUGGGCGCAUUCGCGCCGCUGCCACCGGCCCCGCCGCCGUGGUGCUGAAGCGGACAGCUCCGGAGUGCCAGGCAGCGGCGGCGGCGACGACACCGG